UGCCGGGAGAAGGCUCAGAAGCUGAACGAGCAGCACCAGCUCAUCCUGUCCAAGCUGCUGAGGGAGGAGGACAACAAGUACUGCGCCGACUGCGAGGCCAAAGGUCCCCGAUGGGCUUCCUGGAAUAUUGGUGUGUUUAUUUGCAUCAGAUGUGCUGGGAUACAUAGAAAUCUUGGGGUUCAUAUAUCCAGGGUCAAGUCAGUCAACCUAGACCAAUGGACACCGGAACAGAUACAGUGCAUGCAGGAUAUGGGAAAUACUAAAGCAAGACUACUCUAUGAAGCCAAUCUUCCAGAGAACUUUCGAAGACCACAGACAGAUCAAGCAGUGGAAUUUUUCAUCAGAGAUAAAUACGAAAAGAAGAAAUACUAUGAUAAAAAUGCUAUAGCUGUUACAAAUAUUUCUUCCUCUGAUGCUCCCCUUCAGCCUUUGGUAGCCUCUCCUUCUCUACAAGCUGCUGUUGAGAAAAGCAAAUUGGAGAAAGAAAAGGAAAAAAAAAAAGAAGAGAAAAAGAGAGAAAAGGAACCAGAAAAGCCUGCAAAACCUCUUACAACUGAAAAGCUACAGAAGAAAGAAGAUCAGCAAUUAGAACCUAAAAAAAGCACCAGCCCUAAAAAAGCUGCAGAGCCGACUGUUGAUCUUUUAGGACUCGAUGGUCCUGCUGAGCCACCAGUGACCAAUGGGAACACAACCACAGUGCCAGCCCUGAAUGAUGAUCUGGACAUCUUUGGACCAAUGAUUUCUAAUCCUUUACCUGCAACUGUCAUGCCCCCAGCUCAGGGGACGUCCUCUGUACCAGCAGCCACCACUGUGUCUACAGUAGCAUCUGGGGAUCUGGAUCUAUUCACGGAACAAACGACCAAGUCAGAAGAGGUGACAAAGAAACAACUCUCCAAAGACUCCAUCUUGUCCCUGUAUGGCGCAGGGACCGUGCAGCCACAGAGCGCUCCUGGUGUAUUUAUGGGACCCACAAAUAUACCAUUUACCUCACAAGCACCGACUGCAUUUCAAGGUUUUCCAUCAAUGGGUGUACCUGUGCCUGCAGCUCCUGGCCUUAUGGGCAAUGUGAUGGGACAGAGUGCGAGCAUGAUGGUGGGCAUGCCCAUCCCCAAUGGGUUUAUGGGAAAUGCACAAACUGGUGUGAUGCCACUGCCUCAGAAUGUGAUUGCCCCCCAAGGAGGAAUGGCUGGACAGAUGGGUGCACCCCCAAGUAAGUUUGGACUGCCUCAAACUCAACAGCCCCCGUGGAACCUGUCCCAGGUGAACCAGCAGAUGGCUGGCAUGAGUAUGGGCAGUGCGAGCCCUGCGCUGGGUUUUGCCCAGCCCCCCAGCACGACAGCAGGAUGGUCUGGAAGCUCAUCGGGUCAGACUCUCAGCACACAACUGUGGAAGUGAGGACUGCACACGAAUUUCAUCCAGAGCUACCACCUACAUUCCUUGCUGAAAUGCAUCUAGUUCCCCUGUUUAUUCAUGUACAUAUAUAUUUUUUCUUUUUCCCCAUUUGUUCACAUUAAGAAUUAUCUGAUUGACUGUGUUGGUUUGUACUGAUUAAAUUUGAUGUGAUGAAAAGCA